AUGAUAUCGUAAUAAUUUGAGUGAAGGUCAUGGAUUUCGCAGAGGCCAGACUCCAUGCAUGCUGCUCCUCUCUCGGUUUUUUUGACGAGGCGGAAGGUGUUUACACGAAAGAACCAGAUUGCGAACUAAGUGUAAAAGAACUAAUUCGAACUCUGAAACGGGAGGAUGAUACACGACAGGUUCGAAGAAAAGUGGGGUUCCUAAAAGUGUUCGAGAAUGAUUUGAUCAGCAUCAUCUGCACGUAUCCAGAUGAUACGGAUUUAUUUGACGCCGUUAUUCGGUUGAUGCAAAAUUUGAGCAGUCCAGCGAUUUUGUGUUUCGGAAACAUGCCUACAGAAGCCUUGUUCAGAAGUUACUACAUGGAGUUGGAACGAUAUCUCAGAAGCUAUAAAUCCGCAUUUGUGAAUGAAACACUGAUCUAUAACAUCGGCAUGCGAAUAAAACAUAUUUUGGAAUCGGAUGAUUCUGAAGAUGAAGAAAAUCAGUUACUGAUAGAAAGAAUUUUGAUUUUGUUUCGAAAUGUUUUGCAUAUCGACUCAAAUCCGAAUGAUGAGAACCGGACUGACGACGAUGCCUCUGUGCAUGAUCAAGUUAUUUGGACCAUGAAGAAAACAGGAGUUGAAGCGGUGCUCAAAUAUUUGGCUAUUAAUGAAGACCAAUCAAAAUGGUGCAUGCACGUGUUGGAAAUAUUAUUUCACAUGUUACGUGAUCAAAGCCCCGAACUUCUCGCAUCUACUCCGUCUGUUCAAAUAUCCGACUUAAACGAAUGGCAGAAAAGUCAAAAGGAAGCUGAAAUUGAGGCGAAGGAAUUGUGUGCUCUUUUGUUGAAAGAAAAAGAGCAGAGAAAAUGUAGAGCAACUGUAAGUAGUACGAGGCAUUCAAGAUUCGGCGGGUCAUACUAUGUUCAAAAUUUGAAAGCUUUGAACCCUAGUAACAAGUUGAUAUUUCACGGAUCACAAACGAAAGCAAAUUAUAUCUCUUUUGAUGACUUGAAAACUGGCAAGCGGAAACCCAAAAGGUUACUGCCAGUUGGUGACCGCGGGGUUCCACGAAGGUCGACAAAGGUCAUUCGGCAGUUUCUGAAAGAGUUCGUGAACGAAUUAUUAGAGCAUGCGUUUAACAAUUUAAUGCACGCGGCUAGCGAUGCAAUCAGACGUGAAAAAAUUCAGUACAAUGAUGAGUCAUACUUUUUGUGGUCGAUGGGAUUUUUCCUGGAGUUCAACAGGUGUUAUAAGUUCAGGCCUGAACUAAUUUCAGAAGUGUUGUCAUCACAGAUUUUCAACUUCAUUCAUCUAAAAAUGGGAGAAUAUUACGAAAUGAUGUUGCAAGAAAAGAAAACUAAGUUUGUUGCAAUUUCAUGGGCUGAAAGAAUGCACCUUGCUCUGAAAACUUUUGGAGAGCUGUUGAAAUCGUGCGAGAAAAUGGGAAACCACAAGGAAAAGGAAAUAGUUAGAUCUGCCGAUAUUUUGAAGCGGAAUUUAUUCUACAACAGUGAAUAUCGUGAUCUCUUCAUCAGCUUCAUGCAAAGGUUCGACCAAACCAAAAUGAGUAAAAGUUAUUUGAAAGAUUUAGUUGAAACGAAUCACGUGUUUCUCAAAAUGUUAGAAGAUUUUACGUCGAAGAAAAAACUAAUUGUAAAGAAAAAGGGAGGCAAAAAGAAGAAAAAGAAACCUGAUCAACGGAAUGCCCUACCAACAAAAUCAGGAGCGAAAAGUGGGAAAAAUGUAGUUUCGAACGAAGAAGCCAAAGAACGUAAACGACAAGCCGAAUUGGAAAAGAAAGAAAGUCUUUGGGACAAUAUUGCCCCUAGUUUAUGUGGAAUUUUUCAGGGUAGAAUUACACCAGCUGAGCAAACUAUGAUUCCGUUUGACCCUCUGAGCGAUAUUUCGUUAGAUGACCAAAAGCAAAUAGCGGUUGCUAGGAUCCAAAGAUCGCUCCAGAGCGUUGAUAAAGUUGAGUCUUCUGACGAUUCAGAGAAACCAGAAACGGAAUGUAUUCAAACUGUCACCGCUGGUAAAAUAAUUGAGCUUUUGAGGGAGUGCAGGAAAGUUUGGGUCGAAGGUGACAUUUUUGGAGCUGUCGAUGCCUCAAUGGAAGAUGAAUUUGAAAUUUUGAGGUCAAUUCAUUUUGCGGACAAGAUCGACAUUUCUUCCUUCAAAAGCAGUCUGGGUCAAUUUAAAGAUUUUGAAGACGAGUCAAGAAUCCCUGACUUUGAGGAUAAUGUGAAGAAGCUAACUGAGUUGGACGGUGUUUCAGAAGGUGAAGAUGAGAAUACACGUGUUGAUAACAACGAAGCGCUUCAUGAAGAACUCUUAGACGGCGGCCUUUUAUCGGAUACCAGUUCUGAAGAUGAUGAAAUGCGAAAAUUAGACGCUAAUGAAGCCUAUUUUGAUUUCAACUCGCAUUUGCAACAGUAUGCAAAACACGACGUUGUCCGAUGUUACUCUUAUUUAUUGCAGUUUUUUAGAACGAAUUUUUCUCAGACUAAUAAAAGCGUGCUGAAAAUGUUGCACAGAAUAGCAUGUGAUUUAAGUAUGCCAGGGUUAUUGUUCCAAGCAUCGUUAUUUACCACUUUACGCGACAUCUUGAGAGAAGCCUCAAUACGAACGCUAAAGCACAAACUGGCUCUCGAUCCAGUAAUGAAAGAGUUAGUAACGUUUGGGAAAUAUUUGAUCAAGCAGUUUGUACGCGCUGCUCAAAAUAAUAAAAACGUUUAUAUGGAACUUAUUUUCUGGAAAGAUACGUCAGUAGCUUGUGAAAUUAUUGAUGGGUACGGUACUUACGUUAAUCAUGGUCGAAGCGAUAAUUUCCGAAUGGUCUUCACAGAAGAAAAUAACGAAGAGCUGAGACGCUUGUUUAAAGAGUACCAAGAAAGCGAACAAAACGAAGCACAAGGUGGCGUUGUUGAAUACAUUAUGGCUAAUUUCUCUCGUGAGCUAAACAAACCGAAAGUAGUGGCAAAUCAGCUCAAAUCUUUAGAACUUGUCGAAGAUCUGAAUGAUUUGCGAAUGGUAUCAGGACGUGAAAAUUUAGGCGUAUGGCGACCAGAGCAUGAAACUGAACUUAGAUUUUUGUGGGAACAGUUUUGCGAAAGUGAGGAUCCGUUAUCGGAAAUUUACAGUGCAAUGGUUCACAAGAAGCCGAAAGUUCGAAUAAUUCAGAAGCUACUUUCGAUGGGGUUGGCUCAAAGCAAGAAUGAAAUAAUUAAGCCGGAUGUUUGGCCCGAAACUGUAAUCGAAGAACUGAAAACCUUGUUUGAAACUCAUAAAGGUUCUCCCGAUUUACUGCGCGAAAUUUUGGACAAGCUCUCGACGCCUAAGUCGAGAAAACAGAUAGCAAAUAAACUAGUUGAUUUGAAGCUGGUCGAAAGUAUUGCAGAGUUGAGAACGCAAAAAUCUUCCGGAUCUGGAGCAACUGGUCCUAGAAAGUCUGGCAAACAAGCCAAGAUUUGGGACGAAGAAGAAAUUAUGGAAUUGCAAGAGCUCUACGGAAAAUAUAGAAAACUGAAAUUGAUUUUGGAGCACAAAACAUUUGAAGCUUCGAGAAAGGAAGUCAUCGAAAAAACGAAGGAUCUCAAUCUGGAUUAUAAGGCGUCAGGUGUAGGUAGCAAGAAGAAAGGAAAAGGAUUAAACUUCUUGGAAGCUAACGAUUUACUUGAACAGGACGAUUUUGACAUUGAAGAGCAAUUAGUGAAACAAGGAUCAGCCAAAAAGAAACCCAAAUCUGGAAAUUUCAGAAGUAAAUCAAAGCACGAGUUUGUAGAGCAAGCUCUUCCAAAUGGAGAUCUAUCAGCAAAAUCAAAAGCACAGGUUUCAAGCUUAACGAAUUGUAUUUUGAGGAAAGAUGGCGGCUAUUACAAAGACUCGUUAACUUGGUUAAUAAAUAGUCUAAAAAGUUCUGCAGAAGUAAAAAAGGAUCUGGAAAAUGAUAGUGACCCAGACGAAGAUGACAACAGUGGCAUGGUUUCGUUUCCUUUGGUGCCAAAUGGCGAUGUCGUGGAAAAGGCUCUGGUGGAUUGUGGAAAUGAGUUCAACAGGAUUCUGAAGUUGUUAGGAAUGUGUCAGCCUACAAGUAUGGGCGAUGAAGGCACUGAAAUCUUCUGGAGAGUACCACAUUACCUCUCAUCAGAGGCUCUUACGAAAAAAAUAGAUGUCUUGCAACAUGCGCUUCAGAGAUCCUCAAAUGACGACAGUGAAGACGGCGCUGAGAAGAAUGAUGGAAAUGAAAACGAGUCGGAUGAAGAUCAAAUAUCAGCUGAAAGCAUAGGAAAAACUAAGCUGAACUCUCAGAAUCAGGAUGAAGAAUAUUCGGAAGCAUCUGAUGACGAUGGAUCAGAUGAUGGUGGCGAUGACGAUGACAAAAGAGGCUACAGAAGUUCUGAAGAUGAAGAAAAAAUAGCUCAAAAAAGAAAAGAACAGUUGGAGGCUCUGAAACGAAAAGCAGAAGAAAGAAGGAAAAAGGAAAUGAAAUCGCAAAGUAUCUCUCAAGAGAAUAAUUUUAAAGGGGGUCAUGCUCAAGAUGCCAGUUCUCCAGAGGAUGAUUUUCAAAACGAUAAAACAGAAAACGAUGUUGAUGAUAAUGUUGAUGAAAACGCCAAGGUUCCGAUUGAAAGUAGCGACGACAAUGAUGAAGACCCUAUAAAAAAUCUGACAAUAGAUGAAAGAAAAUCUGAAAGCGACAGUGAUGACGAACCUGUGGCGAAUUUAAAAUCUCAGAAGAAAAAUAAAAUAAAGAAGGUACCCAGCAGUUCGAAAAGUAGUGCUCGAAAAAGAAGAAAAAUUGAACCAGAAGCAAAUAUUGGUGGCGAUGCUAGUUCUGAAUCUGAUGUCGAGUCUUUUGAGACCAAGGAAAACGCUUCUAAAAAGCCAUAUAAUCACUUCAAAAGCGGCGGUCGAUCAAGAUUGCAGCGAAUUGACUUCAGCGACAGUGAUUCUGAUAAUAACGUUGAUAAUGUAAAGCGGAACGAAAAUGAAGAGAGCUCAGAGGAUGAAAAUGGAAAUCGGGAAAGUGAUAGAAAGAAAUUUAAAAAACCUGAUAGAGGAGCCUUAGACUCGGAUAGCCCAGAAGAAGUUGAUGAUGCGUUGGCAACAAAUGAAGUAAAUAGUAUUCGUGAUGUGACAAAUGUAUCAGAUUUUGCUUCCGAGGCAUCGGUUUCAAGAAAAAGAAAGCGAGUUGCUGCUAUCUCAAGUUCAGAUGACGAGAAUUAAUAUAAGAACUGAAAUGGAGUUUUUGUGUUUUUAUUUACUGUGUAGUUGUUUGUGUAGAUGGUUAGGUUGUUUUUGCAUUUUGAAUAUUUGCUUCAAUUAAUUUUUCAUUUUUC